AUGCCUGCGGGAAACCGGAACCCCAAUCAAGUGCAUGUUGAGGUUCUCGCCAUGCCAGAAGAGCCGAAUGCGGAUAUCGAGGUUCAAGGCCAGAAUAAAGCGAGCGUACUGAGCGACCCUUUCAUCCUUGGAAGUGCCGAUCUCCGCAACGCCGGUGACUUCUUUCGUCAUGGUAACCAGAAAUUAUGCUUGGCGAAAGGAAACUUUAGUGCUGAGGAAUCCCGCCACCAGAUUGACUUGCUUAGGAUUCAAGAUGUCGAUUCGAUAUUUGGUUGUGGCCAAUCCUGGGUCUUCAACGGUAAUGGGAUCGAGAUCUUUGAAGAUUUUUAG